GCUGCCCUUGAGGCCGUCAAGCGAUCCACGUAGCGUGGCCUGCCACAGCUACCUGCUCUCCCUCUCUUCCGCCGCCCCAUUCCUACCUGCCCCCCCCCAACCCCCUCCUCCGCCUCGUCCUGCUUCCGUGCUCACUAUGUCUCAAGGGGCCCAGGUCCCAUACUUGCUCUGCCCUUGGCACCUCCGUACGCACCCUCUGCACCACCGUACCGCAGACUCGAGUCAUGCCCGGCACCAUGUCUCGCGCGCUGGCCCUCCUGGUCGCUCCGUGGGCGCCGCUGUCGGUGACGGCCUUGCAGACAGAAGGGCACGGCCACACCGCGCCUAAGAAGCUUCACGUGGCGCACGCCCACGGCCAUGGCCACGCCUCUGGCCAUGGCCACACCCAGGCCCACAGCCACGGCCAUGGCGAUAAGGGCCAUGGCCACAGCCAGGUCCAGGGCCACGGACACGGCCACGGAGCUAAGGGUGAAUCUCGCAACAGCAAGGCCAAGAUCCAGAAGCUUCUCACAGACAAGCUCUUCAGCCCCUCUCACAGGUUCGCCGGCCAGGCUAAGACUGUCUCCGAGGGCUGCGACAGCUGGAAGGGGGAGGGGCUGCACUGCGAGACCGAGUUCCCCGAGCACGCCCUCGUGCGCGACUGGGUCCCCCCGGAUGCCGUGGUCAUGGAGUUCGGUGCGCGCUUCGGCACCACCAGCUGCGAGAUCGCCCGCAAGCUCAACAACAGCGGCAACGUGGUGGUCGUGGAGCCCGACCUGAACGUGUGGGACGUCCUCGAGGCGAACCUGAAGUCCCACGAGUGCAACGCCCACUUGCUCCGCGGCGCGGUGAGCUCGGUGGACCUGCACAUGGCUGCCAAGCUGAACGUGAAGCGCGGCUACUCCAACAGGGCGCUGCAGAAGGGCGGCGUCGUAGUGCCCGGCUUCGCCUUCAAUGAGGUGGAGUCCGCCCUCGGCAAGAAGGUGGACACCCUGCUGAUCGAUUGCGAGGGCUGCGCCCAGGACAUGAUGGAUCAGCUGGGCCCCGUCAUCGAGAGCGGGCAGAUCAAGCUGCUGCUCAUCGAGGGCGACAUGCCUGUGGGGGCCAAGGACUGCCACUCUCACUGCAUGGACUACAAGAAGUUCUUCGCCUACCUCGCCAAGCACGGCUUCGAGCAGGUCGACAAGUUCAACGAUUGCGACAUUGAGCGCACCGGCGCUCCCAAGGGCAAGUGGUGCGGCAAAUGGAUCGACCACUUCGCCUUCAAGCGCAAGUGAGCGGGGGUGGGGCCAAGCGUACCGACUCUGCCGCGGGUCGACAGCGCAGGUGUUCACCCAGCAGACGGGCCCACGGAGCGGGGCCGAAGUAGUACCAGCGCAGCGCCUUGCGCAGUUCAGUCGGCGCUGCCCUCCCCUUCCUUCUCCUCCUUCUCCUCCUCCUCCUUCUCCUCCU